AUGGUACACGAAGUAUGGGUGAAUGUAUUCCUCGCGAUCCCAGAGAAUCGCAGCAAAGCAGACGCAGAUUUCAUGGACCUUGUAGCCGACGCCAUUCAUGCCAAAAUCUCCAAGAGAAUACCCCAACUCAGCAAUGUCUCCGUUACCCCGGAGGCUAUGCACCACAGAGUGAUGGGGUGUCUCUCGUUGCCAGCCCGUGGAGAUUUCUGGGCAUUUGCACGGUAUCGAGAUUUAUAUCUAGAUGCCUUUUUCAAGGACGCCUUACAACUGGCGCUUUUUUACCAGGCAGAGUGUGCUGCAGGGAGGGUCCAGAUUGAUCGGGAGCGACUGUUUCGGUUUCAUCAUUUGCGUGUUGAUGCUUUUUGA